AAAAAUAAUAGUGUGCCCAUGCGUCACCAUAGCACCGAUGACAACAUAUCGAUACUUUUGACCGUGCAAUUAUCAGCUUAAAUAAAGAACCAAAAUAAAUAAGCGUUAACAUGUCAAUGAUACUACGGCGAAACCAGGGGGCGUUCUGGUUGCUCAAGUCCUGCUACAGUUCCAGCGCAAAACCGGGGGACUCAGCCAAAACAAUUCCCAAGAACUUGCUCGAGGAUAAGCAAACGGCCGUUCUGCAAAAGGAGAACGGUGCGAUCUUCGACAAGCGACCCUUCAAAAUCCACCUGGAAAAAGAUAAAACCUACAGCUGGUGCCUGUGCGGCAAGUCCAAGUCUCAGCCCCUCUGCGAUGGAAUGCACAAGAACGAGUUCCUGAAGAUCAAGCAGAGGCCCAUACGGUUCAAGGUGGAAAAGUCGGGAGACUACUGGCUCUGCAACUGCAAACAGACCACCCACAGACCCUUCUGCGACGGCACCCACAAGCAGCCACACAUCCAGAGCGCCGUCAAAUAGUUAAACUGAAAUCAAAUUCGUUGAACUGCUCUGCCUCCGUGUGCGAAAAUGAGAAAUGCAUUAAUUUUGAAUCAA